AUGGCGACCUCUCCCGCCGGCCGCAUGCUCUCCCGCCAGCUGCAGCAGAUGCAGUCCGAUAAGGACAUUCCCGGGAUCAGCUGUGGUUUGGUCGACAACAACGUCUUCGAAUGGGAGGUCAUGCUGAUGAUCUCGGACGAUGUGAAGUUAUAUGGCGGUGGCUUCUUCCGCGCUCGCCUCUCGUUCCCAACGGAGUACCCCCACAUGCCGCCCAAGAUGAAGUUCGAGUCGCCUCUCUUCCACCCGAACAUCUACGAGAACGGUGACGUCUGCAUCUCCAUCCUGCACCCACCUGAGGAGGACAAGUUCGGCUAUGAGUCUGCCGCUGAGCGCUGGUCGCCCGUGCAGACCCCUGAGACCAUCCUGCUGUCCGUCAUUUCCAUGCUAUCGAGCCCCAACGACGAGAGCCCCGCCAACGUGGAAGCCGCCCGGUUGUGGCGUGAGGACCCGGCCGAGUUCAAGAAGCGCGUUCGCCGUUGCGUGCGGGAGAGUCUGGGGGAGGAUUAA